UGCGCUGACAGCCGGGCUCAGCCAGUCGCCAGGAAUUGAGUAGCGUUCUUUGAAUCUGCGGCUUUCAUGACGUCUCCCUGCGUGGUCCAUCACUUUUCUCCUAGCCGGGGAUUUUUUUUUUCCGCCACUCUAGCCUUUUCCCCCUUCCCUCCACCCGUUCUCCCUCCCCCGCCCCUGCCCGAACGCACACCCCUCCGCCCCUCCGUUGGCCCCCGCGCCCAGCCCUCCUCUCCACUCUCGGCCAGAGGGAGCCAGUUUGAAGACGGCCGCACCUGGCCGGAGAGGUUGGGCGGGCGGAGGGGUGGGAUCCGCGGGACCCGGGAAGAUAGACCCAGACCUGGAUGCACCGCGAGGAGAAUGGAGUCUCCUAAAGCCUCCCGGGGCUGAUGUAAAAUUUGACCAUCUGAUUCCAGUUUUCCUUCCCUUUUCUUUUUUUAUUUCCUCCCCUCGCCAUCCAUCGUGUAGUGAAUUAUUAAACCUUGCUCCGUUCCAAGAGGGGAGAUCAUGAUUGAAUGAAGCCACCAAGUCCGCAGCAAGGAAAAGCACAAAGAGGAGAUUUCAACGAUGGCCAAGUUGACAGAAUCCAUGACUAACGUCCUGGAGGGUGACUCCAUGGACCAGGAUGUUGAGAGCCCUGUGGCCAUUCACCAGCCAAAGUUGCCUAAGCAGGCCAGGGACGACCUGCCAAGACACAUCAGCCGAGACCGGACCAAAAGGAAAAUCCAGAGGUAUGUGCGGAAAGAUGGAAAGUGCAACGUCCACCAUGGCAACGUGAGGGAGACCUAUCGCUACCUGACCGAUAUCUUCACCACCUUAGUAGACCUCAAGUGGAGAUUCAACCUGUUGAUUUUCGUCAUGGUUUACACAGUGACGUGGCUCUUUUUUGGAAUGAUCUGGUGGCUAAUUGCAUACAUCCGAGGAGACAUGGACCACAUAGAGGACCCUUCAUGGACUCCUUGCGUCACCAACCUCAAUGGGUUCGUCUCUGCUUUUUUAUUCUCCAUAGAGACAGAAACCACCAUUGGUUAUGGCUAUCGGGUCAUCACGGACAAGUGCCCAGAGGGAAUUAUUCUCCUCUUAAUCCAAUCUGUUUUGGGGUCCAUUGUCAAUGCAUUCAUGGUGGGAUGCAUGUUUGUAAAAAUAUCUCAACCCAAGAAGAGGGCAGAGACCCUGGUUUUUUCCACCCAUGCAGUGAUUUCCAUGAGGGAUGGGAAACUGUGCCUGAUGUUUCGCGUAGGGGAUCUGAGGAAUUCCCACAUCGUGGAGGCUUCCAUCAGAGCUAAGUUGAUCAAAUCCAAACAGACCUCAGAGGGGGAGUUCAUCCCCUUGAACCAGACGGAUAUCAACGUAGGGUACUACACUGGCGAUGACCGUCUCUUUCUGGUGUCACCACUCAUCAUUAGCCAUGAAAUUAACCAACAGAGUCCUUUCUGGGAGAUCUCCAAAGCCCAGCUGCCCAAAGAGGAACUGGAAAUCGUGGUCAUCCUAGAAGGCAUGGUGGAAGCUACAGGGAUGACAUGCCAAGCUCGAAGCUCCUACAUCACUAGUGAGAUCCUCUGGGGGUACCGGUUCACCCCUGUUCUGACGCUGGAGGACGGGUUCUACGAAGUCGACUACAACAGCUUCCACGAGACCUACGAGACCAGCACCCCAUCUCUCAGUGCCAAAGAGCUGGCCGAGUUAGCCAGCAGGGCUGAGCUGCCCCUGAGCUGGUCCGUCUCCAGCAAACUCAACCAACACGCAGAACUGGAGACUGAGGAGGAAGAAAAGAACCCUGAGGAGCAGACGGAGAGGAAUGGUGAUGUGGCGAAUCUAGAGAACGAAUCCAAAGUUUAGUCCCCUGGCUGGGCCACCCCUUCUCCUCUCCGCCCACAACCUUCCCUUGUCUCUCAUUCUCUUUCUUUUCUGUCUCUCUUACUUUGUUCUUUCCUUAUAUUGAAGUUUGGCAUUACCAGAAAAAAAAUCUUCAAGGUGUAAAAUAUCUACCUGCCCUCUCAGUUAUUCAGAUCGACAAGGCAGAUUCAGAUUGGGUUAAGGUGUCAUGUGCCCUCAUUUGUGACCCAAGCCUGGUCUCCUCCCUGAAUACGACACAUCCAAGUCCUAGAGAUUUCUGCUACUUACCUGCAUGUGUUGUACAAUACCAGAUCACUCAAAAGAGUGCAUCAAAGAGUCUACCUGGGAUAUGAUGAGGAAGGUCUCUGGUGCCUAUUCAUUCAUGCAGUGAGACAUAGAGUUGAGCCCUCAGUUUUAUACAUCUCAAUAAAUUUCAUCUACAGGGCGAGGUGCUUGCCCUCUGCGGGCAUUGCAUUUAUAGGACCCAGGUGAGGUAAUGACAAAAUACUGUACAUAUAUAUGCCUUAUGUAAUUAUUUUCUUUUGCAGUUAGUAAUAAAACCCAGCAUGUACAAAAGUACUGUAGAACAAAACUUCUAAAUAAUGUACAUAGAUGUAAAAUUAAUGUAGGUUUAGAUAUAUAACUUUAGAAAUAAGAUUAAAAGAAAAAAAAAAGGAUUCCCAAAGUACAGUAGGCAUUUCGGUUCUGAUGUCCUGUUUUCUGGAUUUCUUUGGUCCCAUUGACCGCUGGCCCUUUAGUGCAUGGCCUUUGCUCUGUGUCCCAGACUGGCAGCCGUUUGGGUACCUCACUGUUCCCUUUAAUUGAAUCUAAUAAGCCAUAGGUCUGGGAGAAGUUUGGAGGUUCAGUAGAUGGCAAAACACACCACCAGUAUGCUGAUAUACUGUGAAAUGUUUACAAAACUGAGGUCUCUUUUUUAAGUAACAAGACCUCACUGACUAGCCUGGGGCAGAAUUUCAGGAGGAGGACAUGCUCUGGCAUGUCACCAAUGAUGUGUGUUUUUUGGUUUUGUUUUGUUUUUGUUUUCUGCCAUACCUCGUAGCUUAUAGGAUCUUAGUUCCCUGACCAGGGAUCAAACCUAAGGCCCCAGCAGUGAGAGUGCCAACUCCUAACCACUGGACCACUAGGGAAUUCCCACCAAUGACGGGAAUUAUGUGUUUAUGCUUUUCAAGUUAGCUCUCACCCUCUGUAGUACCACAGUUUGAGAAACUUUUUUUCUACAAAACCAUUGACUCUCCAACUAUUUUCACUCUAUAAUCACAGUUAAAAAAUGAGACAUGUUAAAUUAGUAAAAGGUGGUUUGGGUCUAAAGUCAUGAAAUUCAUAAUGGCAUGUAAUGGGCGAAGUAUAUUGUAGUCACUGAUCUCACACACCUUGACUCCAUCUGGCACUCUUCCUAUACCUGGGGGGCUUAUCCAUCAGCAUUCCUUGCAUUGGUAUUUAUUAUUAUUAUUAUUAUUAGUUUAUUAUUAUGAAAUUUCCAGAGUUCAAUAUUUAAAGAUUAGAUCAACAAUCUUGGUGACUGUCUAAGAAAUAUUUCUAGAGUAUGCCACAGGUUAGAAAUCAAAUCCAAAGUGUCUCCCAAUCAAAGAAAACAAAAAACUACAGCCUUAAUUCAUUUUAAUCUGCAAAGAUAAAAAGAAGGAAAGAAGAAAGAAAGGAAGGAAGGAAGGAGAGGAGAGGAGGAGGGAAGGAAGGAAUAGUAUUUUGUACUGAAAAUCUAAUUUUCAAAAUGAAAAAAUUUUCAAAUGAAAAAAUAAGAAAAGGAAGAGAAUCUUAGACAAAACCUCAAGGGCAGGUGGAGAUUUUGCACUGAAACAGAUCUUUCACAUUAAGUUGGCAUUUAUAAACUGUUUGUUCCCUAACAUAAUCAUCCAUCAUAAAUAUUCAUUGACUGGAUCCAAGUUCAUUUUCAACUUCUACAGCUGUGCUCAGUUUGAGGCUUUGCACCAUGGAGGUCAAAGAGCUCAAACUAGCUGUCCCUCCCUGCUGCCCUUGCCUUCCCUGACCAGAUAUCACAGGCCUUCACACUGUAGUUUGGGGACCUUGUCUACUAAAAAGCAUGUCCCAGAGAUAAGGAAAGUAACUCCUCAAUUUGACAUGGGGGUUGGGUCUCUCUUCUCCCACUUCUGACACCUUGUAUCAAGACAACUGCUUCUUGGUACUGACAGUAUGGAAAACAAAACUGUUGGCCAUAACUCUUUCCUUUUGCCAACAUUUCACUUUUCGCAUUGAAUAUUUGUUGAAUCAUUUAUUCAUUCCACAUACUCCAAAGAGGAGGUUGUAGUUGAGGAGGAGGAGGGAGCCCCAUACACUUCUUGCCAGGCUGUGGGGAGGUACUGUGGCCUUACCUCAGUGUAGCCUUAGGAAGGGCCCUCUUGCCUUGGGGGCGCUAUCCCUGCAGCAUCACCAGAGUUGCAGGGCCAGGCAUGGUAGCACAAAGCAAGAUCAGCUGGGGUUGCAAAAAGUCUGCUAAUUUAGCUCCUAAAGACUCAAUGGGCCUUUCUAAGUCCAUUACUAAUGCUUAAAGGACAACAUAGACCCUGUUGUCUGGUUGGAAGAGCAGUUGGGGGCCCUUGAGCACAACUGAAUGAAGAGCCUUGACAACCCUUUGGUCAGACACACACGUCAGUUCUGUAUCUGUGACAGGGCACCCAGGUAUGAGGUCUUUCCCUAUUUCUCACUGUCUUUGGUGUCAAUGUGGUUGGAGAUGGAACAUGAACCAAAUCUCAUUUUUGUAAUGUGAGCCUCUGAAUCUUUAAAUGAGGAUGCUCCAGAAGAACCUUUUAUUAGAAUGUCCUUAUCAAACAUGUCUAUUUUUCUACAAUUAUUGAUAACACAGUUUAACAGUGUAUUUUGUGUCAACUGUUAAAAUUUGGAACUGAAAAAAGCUCAUUAAGACUGAAUUUUCUAAGUAGCAAGUAUUGAAUGGUGUUUUUCAUUAACAGUUCAGCAAAGAUGACCCUACAAUUUCUAUCCAUUCUCUUCCACCAUAUCCAGGCUCCAAUCACUCAGUCACUUUGUUAGCAAAUCCAGAGCUAUGGAAAUAAAUAAGCCUAUUUUAAUGCACCAAUACUCAUAAUGAAUGAGGAUCACACUCAACUUGAUAUUUUGGUCUGUUUGAUGAUGUAUUUGAGUCCCUUUCCCAUAAAAGCAUGGCAGUAUCCAUUAGCCAGAUAAGAACUUUGGGCUAAAGGGUUACAGUUUGCCACAAUUGACUCCAGUUUGGAGGAAAGGGCAGACUCAGCUGGGAGCAUGACCUCCCCAAGGGCUGACAAGACCCUCAGAUUGUCAUUUCCACCCACCUCAACAUGCUUUCCAACUGGAAGAGCACCUAUUUAUUUAUGUCAGCUUUAUGUAACUGAUAAAAUUGUUUAUGUCCUUGGAUGUCCCAUGGGCAAACUAUACUCUUUUGGAUUAACACCUUUGCAAUCACUGUAAUGUCAGGUCAUUACUUUUCCAUCCCUUCGAAAUAUGGCCUUUUAGCCUGGUUGGUCCAAUACAUAGACACUCUAUGUCCAGGAGAAGAAAACCUCUCUUUCCCCACUCCCUUCCUCCAUCUGUCCCUCUCUUUUUCUCUUUCCCUAGUUCUCCAGUUCCAGUUCCAUUGAUUUAGUUCAAUAUCUUAUGUUCCCUAACAGAAAUCCAGCUACUGUUUCUAAAAAGGUCAAUCUAUUUCUUAAGCACAAUUUUCUCUUGCUGGUUUAACCAGACUAGGGCUCUGAAAUGUCUGUUUUUCAUUAUACUCUAAUUUAAAAAUUAUUUAUGACUUCAUUUAAAAGCCUAAGUUUUGAAGUCUCCAAGCAACAUUCUUAUGUUUUCCCUUCCUACAUUUUCUUACAUUUCAGGUUUCUUACUUUUUCCCCUUUGCUUUUUUAUUUAGAUUGAAGCCAGUAUCUUUGGGAUGUUCAGAAACUGUUUAUAAAUAUGGGAGCUGGUGGGCAGAGAAAGAGACUCUAAAAAUUCCAUUAGAAAACUACUUUAACUCAGCAAAAUAAUGUGAAAGCAUUUGCUUAGCUAAGUGAUACAAGAUUUAAAAUUAUAUAUAUAUAUAUAUAUAUAUAUAUAUGUAUAUAUAUAUAUAUUCAUAGUCAUUUCCAAAACAGCUUGCCAAGGGUCUGACUACAGUCUUUCUUUCCUUGACUUGGGUGAUACUCUAUGUGAUUCAGAAGAGUCAUAAGGGUAGUCGAAGAUUAAAUGUCCUACAUAAAUGGUAAACAUUAUCUUCUAUGGUUUCAUUUCAAUGGAUGGCUAUAAAGUCAAAAAACAUAGGCAACAUAUACAUAAUAGAUGAUUCAUUGAUAUUGCAUUACAAUAUAAUCAACUAAUAAGACCUUGUUUCUAGACUCUAUGGCCACCCCGCAUUUAAGAAAAUGUUAUCCUUUAAUUUAAAAUUGAGUAAAGCAUACCUCUUCCUAAUAUUUCUGCCCUCAACGUCUUGGAGAGCUUUUGAUGUAGAAUGUCAUCUAGCAGUCCAAGCUCUGUCAGGCUACUAUUUGAUUUUGACAAAGCACAGUAUGUACAAUAAUAACCAAACAAUAUUACACCCUACGUUGUAUGGUGUUUUGGAGCAUUCAGAGUACUUGCACAAGUUUUCUCAUUUAAUUCUAAUCCACCAUCAGAGCUUGAGUAUUAUAAUUUACGUUUUAUAGACAGAAAACUAGGGUUUAGGCAAACUGAGUAACUUCCCCAAGGCUACAAGGCAAGUCAAUCACAGAUCCUGGUCUCAAAUCCAGGUGCUGAGGCUAAACCCAUGGGCUCUUUUUACUACAAAAAGGGUCAGCAAACCAAAUCUGCUCACAGAAUCUGGCCCACUGCCUGUUUUUGCACCACUUGCGAGCUAAGACUGAUUUUACAUUUUUAAAUGGCUGGGAAAAAGAAAAAAAAAAAGAAACAAGAGAAGGAUACUUGUUGACAUGCGAAAAUUAUAUCAAAUUCAAAUUUCUGUGUCCAUAAAUAAAGUUUUAUUGGAACACAGGCACACCCAUUGGUUUAUCUGUUUCUAUGACUGCUUUCACAAUACACAGCAGAGCUGAGUAACUAAAACAGAGGUCACAUAGCCAGAAGACUAUUUACUCUCUGACCCCUUUACAGGAAAAGUUUGCCAACCCCAGUACUGUGCUAUUAACUACUAUUAAUACCAUUAAGUACUAUUACAUAUUGUACUGUACUAUUAAAAUAUUCCUGGGCAAAUUAGAAUGAUGACAUUCUUUUCCAGUAUGACUCUAUUUUCCAGUAUUGUGCUUAGGUUUGUUCAAGGAAAAAUAACUCAUUUUUUUGUAAGAGAGACAACUGCUUCACAGGACUUUGAGUUGAGUCUCAAAGAAAAGCUCCUUUCUUUUCAUAACCAUUCCCCCAAGAGUGGUAAAUAGAGUAAACAGUCAGGCAAGAGCCAGUGGCCAGCUCAGAAAGUGAUGUGGCACAACUACUCAUUAAUAAACAAUUUUAAAAAAUGGGAAUUCCAGGGACUGAGCUAUUGCUUCGCUGACAUGCAUAGGUAUUUAAAUAUGUAGACAGCUGGGGCCUGGGCCUCUGCUGAGUGGGAUGAACUAGACUUGCAGUAGUUGUCACACAUCCGAACAAAUUCCCCUCCCCUACAUGCCUUCCUUCUAAUUCUUUCCUGGAAUAGAACUAACUAGACUGCUGAGCUGUCUCUCCAUCUUCCCUUGCUAGUUUCCUCUAGCUCCCAAUUGAUCAGCGUGAUAAGAAGAAUCUUAAACCACCACUCCUGUUUAGUUGUACUUGUUCUGGCUCCCUCUAGGUACUCAGCUAAAAGUUUAACAUGCAAAUAAAAACUAAAUGCUUCUCUUAGAAAACAAACCGGUUCUGUGAAAGAGCUCAGGAAGAAACAGAAGCGUAGUAAAGGGUUAUUGCAUUGUUUGCUGCUUUCUGAGUCUGAAGCGCAAGAUAAAAAUUGGUAACUCUGUAGUUACCAAUUGGAUCAAAGAAAUUCAGACCAUGGAGUUUUGAGAUAAAUCAAUACUAAAUGACAUUCUUUAGUAUCACUAAGCUGAACUCACUUGUAUUCUAAGGAAGCAUUUCCAAAUCCAGACAUAGGUCAGCCAAGUUACGUUUUUUAUCUCUUUAGUUCUAUUGAAAAAUAUAUCAAGUUCUCUUAUGAGUGCUUUCCUGGAAGUUAGGUGGAAAAGAAAAAAUUUUGUAAUAAAUCAUUGUGAUGUUGUAUUGCUGACAGAUAAAUGAUGGAAAUUGAGAUGAAUUUGGUCCUGUGUCUGAAACUAAGUAGUUGAUGGUAUCUGCAAUCGUGCAAAAAGCUUGCGAUCUUGCAACUGCAUGGAACAGCAUAACUAAGUGGGAGGGGAAAAAAUCUCAAAGUUCAACACCAUAAAACUUAAAUAAAUGUUAAAAGGAGUCAAACUGUUACUUGGCCUCAUUACCUUGGUGAAAGAAAGCUUCAUGCAUCCACCUAAUUCAAAUAAGAGAGUCGUAGGGGAAAGAGGACAAAAUACUUUAGCACUCAGAGAAUAGCUAAUUGAAGUAGUCAGCAUGACUAAGUGAUUGAGAUUUACCACCAGUGAAAAUGGUAUUUGUAAAGUUAAUUUUAGACACUACCCUCCCUAGACAUCAAUCCUAACGUGCCCUGUGGUCAGCUAGAGAUUUGUGACCACACAAGCAACAGAGCUUGAUUUCAGAGAACUAAAUCUUCCUACUAACAAAGCGUAAUUGACCAUUUCAAGAUUAAGGCUACACACCCGUUGUAUUAACAGGGAUCAUGAAUACUGUGAUAUCAACCAGCCAAUCUUUAUAAGAAUAGGAAGGGCUGUUUCUCUCAGGCAAUGUAAAUAUCUGCUACCAACAGGCACUAGUGAAAUAAACAUGUAAUUCAUCAUCAUUUCUAAAAUUCUAAUGGAAACCACAAAAUAUCCAUCCAAAGGAGCAAACGUCCCUGGAAUCCAGGAUCGGAUCUCUUUGGCUACUAAAACCCCAGUCCAAGCUGAAUGCCUUAUGGAAUAUUUCAAUAUUGGGUCUAUCACCACUAAGCACAAGUAGCGGAACUGGAUCAGCUGUAGUGCACAGAGCUGGGUUGUCGACAGCUGUGCAUGACUGGAACCUCUUGGUCUUUCGCCAGCCUUCUUAGAGAAGGAGACGAACACUGUUCUAAGAUCCAGGCACAGCAGGUGCCAUUCUGGCAUCAUCUCUCAG